GAGAAACUGAAAGCAGAUGCAACAUCAUAUUGCAUCAUUAGCCGUCUGGUGCCAAACCUCAUACGAUCAAAAGCGUUUGAGCGUUUCACUCCGGGACACACAUUUACAGAAGCAAUAAGUCAUCAAGCAGUUUUGGCAAAUGAAGCAUUACAGGUUUAGCAUCCUCCUUCAGUGAACAUCUCUUAAAGGCUGCUGCCGCGCGCUAGUUUUUCUUAAACAGCUUCAGAGUUUGAAUGGCUCGGAGGAUCCAGGCUCGUUGAAUCUGCAUCCUGAAAAACCAAGGAAAAGACAUGUCCCCGUUAUUCAUGGAGACCGGGUACGAGCUGACCAGCCCGGGCUCGGUGUCGACAGAGGAGAGCAUCACCCCUGGAUCUGAGAGAGGAGAGACAAGAAAAAGAGGGAGAAAAACAGAGAAAAACAGAGACGCUGCGAGGAAGAGCCGUAAAAAACAAACAGAGCGAGCGGACGAACUUCAUGAGGAGCUUCAGAGUCUGGAGCGAUCAAACUCAGCCCUGAAAAAGGAGAUUGCCGCAUUGAAUAAAGACUUUAACCUCUACACGAAGGCUCUGGAGUGCCACAAGCCGUGCUUCAUCAAAGACUCCUUAUCCGGCUCCACGACAGAUCUUUCAGUUCCCCCCUCAGUCGCCUGUGAAAGCACACAACUCUCCUUUCCAAGUCUUCCUCCUCCCAAAUCUUCAUCAUUAGCCUCACCUAGUGGCUCAGAUACUGAACUCUACAGCUCUGUAUCGGCUACUUGCGCUGCCUCUUUCUCUGCAGUCUCUGCUCCUCACUCUUUGUUUAGCGAGGUUCCUCCGUCUCUAAUCGCAUCGAGGCCUCCAAAAAAUGCUCCACCUGUGUGCACCAGCCUUGUUUCCAAUCCUGUAUCUUCCAGCUCGCUGACUAAACCGGCUCAAUCUGUGCAAGUAAAAAUCCAUAGAAGCUCCACAAAGUCAGCAACUGCUAGUUUCUCAAUGGAUGAAUUUCUAAUGAAACAAGCUUCUUUUCUAGCACCUUCAUCUUACGUAGCGCCCCCUAACUCCCAGCAAGGCUGUCCCAUGAAUGUGGACCAGCUUAAUACAGAACAAUUGAGCAGAAAUUCCAGUCUGCCGUGUUCUUUUUUACCACAAAUUCUCGAAGAUCCUGCUCCUAAGUCCGUCUCGGAGUGGUCUCCUGCUUUGGGUUUUUCCUUAAAGCUGAGUAAUAAUCGUCAACCAACCCUCAAUCAUGCGUCUCUGCUUUCCCGGCUCACUGUCCCAAGCCCCGUUUACGUGCCUCAGACGGCCUCCAGCAGCUUUGACAUACCUCACCACCCACUUUCGCUGCCCCCGCUUGAGGAUACUCCGAAAGAUUUCACCCUCUCUGAGCUCUUGGAGGGCAAUGAGUGGAUUCUAAGCGGGACUAGUCACUAGUGCCAAGGCAUGCCACAUUUUUAAUACAUGUUCUUUUAAUAUAUUUUUAGUGAAGUAUUUAAACACUGCUAACGGUGUUGUUCUUGGAUGCUGGUAAAUGCCUCAAGUUUUUGUAAUGCAGGCUCUCUGUUAUAAAUGUGGAGCAGAGAUAUCCGUUCUUAUGUUAUUGUAGCAUCAUCAGUUUUUUUUUUCAGACCUCAGAAAACUAUGAAUUUGUGAAAUCCUCCCUUUUUUAAUGACCUAGCUGAGUUUUCAGCUUAAAACUCUACUUAAGCCAAAAAUCAAUGAAUGUGCCCCUUGUCCAUAGUUUUUUCCUUCAAGAUGAAAACAUGCAAUAACAAGUGCAAUUUUCAGUUUCGAAUUAAGUCAGAUACUAAAUUGGCAUUAUCCCUUCCUUAAUGCAGAGACAAGAAAUGGCAAACAUUACCCAACAUUCAAAACCCUUGACAUUUUAGUUUGGAUGGGGUGCUCAUUUCCACAGAACGGUAGUUUAUAACGCCAGGAAACUUUUUCUAAUCUUCUUUUGACCUAUUUUAAAAUCCACAAUGAUACACUCUUCACAUGUUUUGCUGCUACUGAUAAUUUACUCAAUUAGCUGAGCCUUUUUAGAGCUAUCAUUAUUUACUUAUUCUACAUUUUAGAUAAUAACAUAUCUAUUUUCUUCUUUAAUUUAAAUGAAUAUAAAUGCAUUAUUUGUACUUCCUGUUAGUGUGCUACUUUAUCAUUCACUUUUAAUUAAUCUCUUUUAUCAGCUUUGCUAGACAAAUUCCCAAACCCUCAGGGGCCCAACAUUGUGUAUAUGUCUACAGCCCGUCUAUGCCUGGUAAUUUGAUUAAUUUCUAAUAGUUAAGGGUUUUGGUAUCUAUAUUAUUUAUGAAUGUGUGCUUAACUAAAUAACCUCAGAUGGUCUUAAAGGGCCAGCAGCUCUUUUUUUUUUGCCAUGGGCCCCUAGUGGUUAACAAUGGAAAUGAUUACAUAGACAAUUUAUGUGAUGACAAUUAGAAAAUAAAGCUAGCUAUAUGCACCAUGCAGGUAAAUAAAGGACAAUUUUGUUUUUCAAAUGAUGAUUCAUGCAGAAUAUUCUGCUUUUUAUCUAUAGCUAGGUAUAUGGGAUUUGUAUGUGGAUGUGCUUCACAUAGAAGGAGAUAUGACGCUUUGUGUGUGAGUGAGUUAUGAAUAUUUUGUUAAUAUAUUUAUGCUUUGAUACUGGUUGUAUUGCAAAAGUAAGUUGUGAAUUCAAAUGUUUUUAUUGAAACACUUUAUUUGACUUUUGCUUGGUUUACAAGAAUGUUUGGAUUCAAAUGAUAACCAUGGACAGUAUUUCAUUAAUUAAUUACAGUGGUAUGCAAAAGUUUGGGCACCCCUCUGAGAUUUCAUGACAAUUUGCUUUUCCUUUAUAAUAGAAGAUCACAGCAACAACAUUUGUUUUCCUACAAAGAUGUAGACGUUUUAGUGUUUUCCAGACCAAAAUUCUUAGGGUAGCAUUACAUAGUUUUAUUAUAAUAAAAUAAAAUGCAAAAAAUGGGAUGUGCAAAAGUUUGGGCACCCUUAUAAAUAGCAUUCAUUUCAACACCUGUACGGAUUUAUAGCUGACAGGUUGCUGCACAAAAUUGCUUUGAUUAGCUCAUUAGACCUUCAAUUACAAAGACAGGUGGAACCAAUCCUGAAAAAGGCUAUUUAACAUAGGUAAUAGCUGGCUGUGCCUGGCCUAGGUUCUUUCUUAGGGAGUGGCAAGAUGGGGACCUCAAAACAACUCUCCACUGACCUGAAAGCUAAGAUAAUCCAACAUUAUAAAUUAGGAGAAGGGUACAAAAAAUUAUCUGACAGGUUUAAACUGUCUGUCUCCACAGUCAGAAACGUAGUUGUGAAAUGGAAGGCCACAGGAACAGUCCGUGUGAAGGAAAGAUGUGGUAGGCCGACAAAAAUAGGGGAAAGGCACAGGCGAAGGAUGGUGAAAAUGGUCACAGAGAAGCCACAGACCACCUCCAGAGAACUACAACAACAUCUGGCUGCUGAUGGUGUAGUUGUUCACCGUUCCACAAUCCAGCGUACUUUGCACCAGGAAGAGCUCAUUGGAAGGGUGAUGUGCAAAAAGCCUUUCCUGAGUGUUAAUCACAAGAAGAGUCGCAUGAGGUAUGCAAAAGCACAUCUGGACAAGCCAGAAGCAUUUUGGAACAAAAUACUGUGGUCAGAUGAGACCAAGAUUGAGUUAUUUGGUCAUAACAUGAACAGGUAUGCAUGGCGAAAAAAACACACUGCAUUCAAUGAAAAGAACUUGUUGCCCACUGUAAAAUUUGGUGGAGGAUCUAUCAUGUUAUGGGGCUGUGUGGCUAGCACAGGUACUGGAAAACUUGUUAAAGUUGAGGGCCACAUGAAUUCCUUACAGUACCAGGAGAUUCUUGACAAGAAUGUUCUAGAGUCAGUCACAAAGUUGAAGCUACGCCGGGGUUGGAUUUUUCAGCAGGACAAUGAUCCUAAGCACCGAUCAAAAUCCACCAAGGAAUUCAUGCAGAAGCACAGGUACAAUGUUCUGGAAUGGCCAUCCCAGUCCCCAGCCCUUAACAUCAUUGAAAAUGUAUGGAUUUAUUUGAAGAAGGCUGUCCAUGCACGGAGGCCAAGAAACCUGACUGAACUGGAGACGUUUUGUGUGGAAGAAUGGGCCAAAAUACCACCUGCCAGGCUUAAGGGACUUGUCUGUGGCUACAGGAGGCGUCUACAGGCCGUUAUUGCAGCAAAAGGAGGCAAUACUAAAUAUUAAUGGAAUUAUUUCUUAGGGGUGCCCAAAUUUAUGCACAUGCCUAUUUUUGUUUGAAUGCACAUAAACAUGUUUCUGUUUGACCAAUAAAAGUUAUUUCACUACUGAGAUGUUUCUGUUACCAUAAGGUAUAACAUAUGUUAAAAUGAAGUUGCUGCUUCAAAAGCUCAGCAAGUGACAAACUGAUGCAGUGGUUUUCCUAAGGGGUGCCCAAACUUUUGCAUACCACUGUAAUUAAUAAGCAAUAACUAAUAAACUUUUAUUAGUUGAAUACACACCAAUUUUUCGAUAAUUGGUCCAGUAUGACCUGUAGCUUUUGUGGUUAAUGUUUGCAAACUUAAGAAGUUGUUUAAGCAACUUUGGGAAUCUUUUCUACUCUCUUUGCAACUUGUACACCUUUAUUUCAGCAUCCAAAUAUGUGUUAUGUGGCCAUAAGUGCAUUUUUGACAGAAAUUGCAUAUUAUAAUUUAAUAAGACAUCAAUAUGCAGAUUGUGCCUGACAGAUUAAAAAAAAAAAAAAGAAUUUAUUAUUAUCAAAACUGCUAGUAUUCCUCUUAGGAUGUAUUAUUUUCUGUGUAUUGUGUUUUGUAUUCAGCUGCAAAUACCUCAGCACCUUUCAGAUGGAAUUAGUCAUGAUAUUUCCUGCAGAUAUUCAUGGUCCCGAGAAAUGAUCCCAUUACUUUUCUUUUAGUGGUUUAUGUGUUUGUAAACUCUACUGACUAUUUUAGUGACAUGUGCACCUUCAUUUUAUAACGUUGUAUCUUUCCUGGAGCGUUCGUUAACAUCUAUUUGAUAGAUUACUAUGACACUUGGUGCAUACCUUAAUUAUUGUAAUAUCUUUGGUGAUGCUUCUCCUCUAAAAUCAUCAUCACGUCAACAUUUAAUUUGUUAUAUACAGUGCCUUGCAAAAGUAUUCACCCCCCUUGGCUUUUUAUCUAUUUUAUUCCAUUACAACCUGUAAUUUAAAUGUUUUUAAUCUGAAUUGUAUGUGAUGGAUCAGCACGAAAUAGUCUAAGUUGGUGAAGUGAAAUGAGAAAAAUAUAUAUUAAAAAAGAUUUUUUUUAAAUAAAAAACUGAACAUUG